AUGGACGAGGCACAGUAUGGAAUAACGAAUAAUGUCUUCAUAUCUAUCUACAUAUUUAUCUAUGAAUUUCAUGAAUUUUCUAUCAGUCCUUAUCUAUCUCAGACUGUUUAUAUCUAUGUCUAUUCAUAUAUAUCUAUUCCUCUAUCUCAGUUCAUAUCUAUCUAUCUAGCUAUCUAUCUAUCUAUAUAUUCCGUAUCUAUCUAUGAAUCUAUCUAUCAGUUUCUUUUCAUAUCUAUCAUUUUCAGUCUAUUCAUAUUGUAUUCAUAUCUAUCAAUGUAUCUAUCUAUCUAUCUAUCUAUCUAUCUAUCUGACAGUUUCUGUUCAUAUCUAUCUAUAUUUCAGUCUAUUCACUUCUAUUUUAGUCCAUAUCUAUCUAAGAAUCUACCUGUCAGUUUCUUUUCAUAUCUAUCUCUUCAUAUCUAUUUACCUGGGUACCUAUCUAUUUAUCUAUCAUGUAUUCAUAUCUAUCUAUCUAUCUAUCUAUCUAUCUAUCUCAGUUCGUAUCAAUGUCUAUACUGCGCUAAUGAACCAACCCAGCCGCUUAACUAUUGA